AUUCCAUAGCUGAGAGAAACUGAGGGAUGAGAGAGGGAUGCUACGGAAAUGUUUCCCUCACCACAGAAAACACGCUGCUAUAAACACCGCGUAACAACAGCAUGUGACUGAAAUACCCCAAACGAAGACCAUCAAUCAGGGGAUGCCAGAAGACCAGGAUGGACAGAUAUAAAUGUUUACAGUAGUCAAAAUGACACAUUUUAGGAUUGUGAACUGUUGAAACAGAAGGUCACCAUCAACAGUCUAGACCUGAAUCACUGCCAUUAUAUUUGUUUGUUUCUAAAGAAACCUUCUGGAGCCCCUUUUGACCUGCUUUUCUAGACGCUGGGAAACCUGAAGCAGACAUCAUAUCUGCCAACAAUAUGUUUGGAUAAGAAACUGUGAAAUCAUCAACCUUUGACACUUCUGUGACUGUAUACCAGGAAAAUCAAUCUUUAGUAUUCUGUGACUGUUGAAGAGCUUUGGAUCAAGAUGUUUACUGCUCUGAAGAAAUUGGUGGGCUCUGAAGCAGGGCAGCUCAGGGAUAGAAAUAUUCCUGCUGGCCUGCAGUCCAUGAAUCAGAGUCUACAGAGACGCUUCGCCAAAGGCGUACAAUACAAUAUGAAAAUCGUCAUCCGUGGAGACAGGAACACAGGGAAAAGCACCCUUUGGCAUCGACUUCAAGGGAAAAAGUUUUUGGAGGAGUACAUCCCCACCCAGGAGAUCCAGGCCACCAGCAUUCACUGGAACUACAAAACAACAGAUGAUGUAGUGAAAGUUGAAGUCUGGGACAUAGUAGAUAAAGGGCAAAAGCUUCCUCUUCCAGAGGGUGUAGGGAAAGGGAAAAAACGUGGGGAGAAUUUGAAGCUGGAAAAUGAACCUCAGGAGGCGGAAACAGAGCCUGCUCUCGACGCAGAGUUCCUGGACGUUUAUAAGAACUGUAACGGCGUGAUCAUGAUGUUUGACAUCACCAAACAGUGGACGUUCAACUACAUCCUGAGGGAGUUGCCAAAAGUGCCAACACACAUCCCUGUGUGUGUCCUGGGUAACCAGCGAGAUAUGGGCGAGCACCGGGUCAUCUUACCCGAUGAUAUAAGAGACUUUAUCAACAGUCUGAACAGACCUCCGGGCUCCUCCUACAUCCACUAUGCCGAGUGCUCCAUGAAGAACGGCUUUGGUCUCAAAUACCUCCAUCGCUUCUUCAACAUUCCCUUCCUGCAGCUGCAGAGGGAGACUCUGUUACGGCAACUGGAGACGAACCAGCUUGACAUUGAUGCCACACUAGAGGAGCUCAGUGUUCAACAGGAGACGGAGGAUCAGAACUAUGACAUAUUUCUUGAGAUGAUGGAGACACGCAAAGCUUACGGAUCUCUGGCACCCUCUAAUGGCCAGAGCCCUUCCUCAGGCUCCCAGUCUCCUGUGGUGCUGCCCUGUGCAGCCUCUCCAAGUAACUCCAGUCCCAGUACCCCACAGGCUCCUCUCCCUCCCCAGACCCAGUUUGUACCUACACCCCCUCCAUCUAUACCACACCCUCCAUUCCAGAACACAACCACCCAUAUACCCCAGACCCAGACAUUAUUACAAACCCUGGAGGCGUCUGCCGCUGCACCGAUAUCUGCAACUGUCAGUGCCCAACCUGCAGCUCCUCUGGCCCAGAAACGAGGAUUCAUCUCACGACUGUUUGGAUCUUCAACUGCUGACAGUCCAGCAGACAAAAUAGAAACUACAAGUUCUGAAGUCCCGAAACCUUUUGGAAAGGUGCAGAGUGUGGAUGACUUUGUGCCGGAGUUGGGCUUGGAUCGGAACUUUCUGGAUGAUGGUGGAACAGCAGGAGCAUUAGCCGUUAAAUCAAAGAGCAAACCUCCAACAUCGGCUCCCAUCCUGGACAGUGAAAGUGAUGGAGAGGGGCGGGGAAAUCCUCUGGUCUCCGGUUUCCAGGACGAUUUAGAUCCGGAUGACAGAGCACCUUGCCGGUCUGCUGUUAAAGUGGUAGUCCCAAGCAAGGACAUCACCCUCACUAGUGAUGAAGAGGAGGAAGAUUUAUCUGUACCUUCCACUGCCCAAAACAGGGGUAUCAGUGCUGAGCUAAACACAAAGGGAUCUUCAGUGAAAUCACUCAAACAGCAGCAAACCAAGUCAGCUGAGAGACCACAAAGUCUGAAAACUACAGCAUGUCCUGCGGUGCAGCGACAAGGUCAAAAGACAGGGGGCACGCUUGAGGCACACUCCGAUUCAGAACAUGAAGCUCCAGUCGCUCAGCAGAUGCUUUCAUUUGUCAUGGAUGACCCUGAUUUUGAGAGUGAAGAGCUCGUUGUACCCAAGAUCAAGAAGGAGGCUUUUCCAGCACGAGAUGAUAUAUCUGACCGGUCAGAUGAUGGUUUUGUGUUCGCUGGACUCCCGGAGCCCCCCAAACCCGUUGCCCCCUCAUUUAACAGUAACAUUGACCUGUUCGGCCUGGGGUUUGAAGAAACUACACCUAAGAACAAAAACAGCAGUGAAGACCAGGAAGAUAAUGAAAGCAGACACUCCACAAAGGACAAGAAAAAGAAGAAAAAGAAAAGCAAAGAGGAGGAUGAGAAAAGCAGCAAAAAACGACACAAACAUAAGAAAAAGGAAAAAGAUGAGUCUGGCACAGGGGACGAGAAAGAAAAGAAAAAGAAAAAAUCCUCAAGGACCAAGAAAACUGGAAAUGUUGAUGAUCUGGAGGCAUUCCUGGCUGGCGAAGAGGGACCAGGAAACAGUGAGGGCGGAGACUAUGAAGAACUCUAGAACUCCAAUUAACCAAUCAGGGUUUAACACCAACAUCAACUGUGUGGCAUCGGCAGGUCUUUGUCCAAUCCAUUCCACCUCUGUUUUGCAGAGCCUAACCUUUUAAUUUCCGACAGUGUUUUGUGCUUCCAGCAUUGCAGGUUAACGUCGCAGUUGUUCACCCAAUGCCAUUUUCCAAAGUGUACAUCGGUGUUUUCAGACCUGCAACCUGUUUUUCGACAUUGAUCUGUUUUUCGGUAAAAACAGAGCCACAUUUCAUCUGCUGCUUUAAAUAGUCCUGAGAUUAUUCCGUUAUUACCUGAAAAGAACUCAUUUCAGAAAAGCUAAAAAGUUCCACAAAGACUUGAUGACGUUUGACACAUUUUAGCGUUUAUUGGUUUUGUUUUGUGUGUGUGUGUGUGUAUGUGUCUUUCAAUAUGUGUACAUAUAUGUUCCUGAAAGCUUUUGCCGCAUUUGCGUGUGCUAGCACGCACAGAUGAUUGUACAUUUUUGUUUUGUUAAACAACAUACAGUAUAGAUGGGAUAAUCAGCAGAUUUUGCAUGCUACUCUACACACCAAUAUUCCACAUAUUGGGCAUCAUACUGUAAGCACGGGCAGGACAAAUUUGUGUGUAAAUAGCUUGUAAAAUAUUUCUUACGUAUAUUGUCACGUUGAAUGGUUUUUACAAAUAAAAUUUGAAAUCAUUCAUAAAUCAUUUGUAAAAUCAUUCUUACUCAGAUCGUCCCACUCAAUUCAAUAUAAUGUACGUAAGAAUGGUUUUGAUGCUGUAAACAGAAAUUCGUCCAAAAUCUAUUCUGUUUUAUAAAUUAUUUGUUAAAUAAUUGUUACGUAAAUUUCCCAUUUAAUGUUUAUAUUUUUAUUCAAUAUUUUUUUAUCGUUGCAAAUUGGGAAAUUUUUUGACAGAUUAUAUAAAAUUACAAGUGGAUAGAUAUUUGUGUUUUUCUUUGUUUUCGUCAUAUAUUUAUUCAUUUUGAUCGCUAUGGAUAAGAAUGUAGUUAAAUCUGAUUGGCUCCAGGUUAAGUGGCAUGUAACAAUUUACGUUAGAAUGUUUUUUUGUUUGUUUGUUUUUUCUGUUAAUUUACACAAAUUUGUUCUGCACGUUUCAUAAAUCAUUCGCGAUUUUGCAUGAAUUGCGUUAAAGAGGCCUAAUUUACGUAAAAAUGUUCGAGAAUCUAUUUUUGCAUUAAUUUUUCCAUUCGAUGAAAAAAUGUAUGCAAGAAAGUUUUUCUUUUUACUAACGAUUUACACAGAAAUUUGUCCCUUCAAUUCAAUGCAACAAUUUGCGUAAAUGUUAUUUACGGACAGUUUACAAAGAAAUUCGUUGAGCUCACGUUUCAUGAAUCGACGAGAAACCAAUCUUGCGUAAAUUUGUCCCAUUCAAUUCAGUGCAACAAUUUGCGCAAUAUAUAUAUUUUUUUUAGUUAAUGAUUUAUGCAGAAAUUUUUUCUGCUCAUGUUUCAUUAAUCAUUUGUAAAAUACAUUUUAUGUUAAUUGUCUCAUUUAGUUCAAUCCAACAAUUCACAUAAGAAUGAUUUUCUAUUAAAAACAGACAUUUGUUCAAAAUUAAUUUUGUUUCAUGAAUUAUUUGCUAAUUAAUUCUUUAUUAAAUCGUCCCUUCAGUUCAAUGCAACAAUUUAUGUAAAUGUUAUUAACGGACCAUUUACACAGAAAUUUGUUGUGCUCAUGUUUCAUUAAUCGCUCAAAUGCAUUUUUGCCUAAAUUUGUCCCAUUCAAUGCGACAGUUUAUGCAAGUAUGUUUUUUACGAAUGAUUUACACAUAAAUGAUUUACAUGAUUUACACAUCAUUCAAAAAAAUAUUUUUUAUGUCGGAUGGCCCAUUCAGUUCAGUCCGACAAUUUACAUAAGAAUGGUUACCAUGUACACAAUUCGCUCCUCCCGUGCAUCAUUAAUGAGGCCCAGUGUCUUAUGACUGUCUUCCAGAUGUUAUUCUGAACAGUCCCUGGAGCGCUUCGUACUUUUGCCUCUCAAAUAAAUCAGUCUGUUGCGUAAUUCUAUUUAAUAACAAAAGCUUUUUAUGCUGCCGUCAAUUUGCUUCUAUUAAUGCCUUAAACUGUUCUACACUUAACAAAACGAAAGCCUUCGUGAAACAAUCGUCUGUUGAAUAAUGGCAUUAACUUCCAGAAUUACUGCUAGCUGGAGAGUCACUUCCGCAGCGAUCGCAUUUAUAAAUUAUGUACAGAAGACACUGAGCAGUGUCUCUGUCAUGUUGUCUUUUUGACAACUUGUAAUUAUGCAGUUAGUAAACCAAUAUUAUGACUAAAAAUAUUUUAAUGAUAAAGAUUGUAGUUUCAUUAUCAUAGUUUAUGAUUCCAGACAGCAUUUCCAAAAUGUUGUUGGUUAAACUACAGAAGUAGGAUCUGAUGUCAAGAAAACAAACCAUCUUCUCCAUCAAAUGAUUCCCCCCCCCGUUCCUCAGAUUGUCUAUUUUCAAAGUCUUCUCAAGUUAAUAUGUCCAUGUCCUUUGCUGCAUAUCUUUAUUUUUUAUUUAGAUGGCUUGUGUACUUUGAUAUUGACGAUAGUUGUAUUCGGUAGAUCUAUUGUUAAGAUAUGGAUCGUCACAAAUUCUGAAUAACUCCUCUUUCACUAAGACACUCCAGGUAAAUUACAAAUUAAACACUGAAGUUCUCUCCCAGUUAUGCUUUACAAAAUGCAAAACAAAAUUAAGUUUUAGGGAAACAUCUUCUAAAAACAAGACAUGAUACAGUAUGUACAUUUGUAAAAUUCUUAAGCAUUUAAUGGUGAAAUUAAUGUCAUAUUUUGAAUGCACACAUUUCAACUAUCUAAUAUUUCGGUGCAAUUUGAAGAAUGUUUUGGCCUCAAAUGAUCCAUUAAUGUAUUCAUGAAUGACAAAUGAUUGUUAAUUACUCAUAAUUGGCCUCAUUCAUGGAUUGUAAUACGAUUCCUACAUAAAUUAUCGCAUUCAUUUAUUGUGACGGUUUGGUAAAGAAUUAUUUUAUGAAUGAUUUACACAGAAAUUCAUUCUGCUCAUAUUUUGUGAAAGGGACCCAGUGUUUAUAUGAUACUGUAUGAUAACCGAUUUGUAUUUUGUUUUUUGCUUUGGAUUGUAGAGGACUCUACCUGGAGGAUAGGGUGGGAAUUUAUUGUCUGAAAUAGUUUUGCACUCUCUUGCAAUAGUUUGCGUUCCCUCGAAAUAAGUUUUGGGUUUCUUCGCAAUACCUUUAUCCAUCCCUUUCAAAAGUGAACCAUGCUUUUACUACAGUAAUCAUAUUUGAACCAUGAUAUUUGUGGCAAAACCAUAGUAAUACAGAAGCUAAUAAAAAUCAUAAUCAUUCUGACAAUAAACGUAGUUGGUUUUACUAUAACAUCAUGGUUAGUUUGUGGUACAUGUACCAUGGUUUUAAAAAAAAAAAUGGUUACUGCAGGUUAGUACGGGAAAACCAUGGUUAAUUUUCAAAAAGGGCAUUUUCUGUAUUAUUACUAUGGUUUAUUAUAGAAUAUCAUGGUUAAAAUACAGUUGCUGUAGUAAAACCAUGGUAAAUUUUGUGGUUUUGGUUUUAAUACUAUGUUCAACUAUGGUUACCGUAGUAAAACCAUUGUUAGUUUUCGUAAGGGAUGGAUAAAGGUAAUGUGAGGGAACACAAAACUAUUUCAGAAAUUCCCUCCCUGUCUUCUAAGAGGCUCCGCAGAAAUCUGAUUGGCUCCAUGUUUAGUGGCAGGAACACAGUUGAAUGACAUCAUCACUUCUGAUGUUUUGCAACUUCUUGUGAGUUCUCCGAAAAUUGUUUUGACCCUCAAAAUGUCAAAUGGUUUAAAUUAGAUUUUUUUUUAAGAGUAUACAUUUGAUUCUGUUGUUUGAUUUUCUCGAUUACAUGCAACAUGUUGUUGGGAUAAAAUAACAAAACUUUCCACCUCACGAAAGAAAGUCUUGAUUCCUUUUUGAAGGUGAUCUGUUCACCUUUGAACUUUGGUUGUUUUGGCCCAAAGAUAUCUCUCCACCUAUUUUUACUCCACAGACUGCCCUGCAAAGGCUUUAUCUCAGGCAUGGAUACGCUUUCACCCUGAGGGACUGCAGUGUCGACAACUGAAUGUUUAUAUCGCUAAUAUGUUGGAUUAAUAAGUAACAAAGAUCAUUCAGCCCAAACCGAUUUGCAGUAACUAACCGUAAACUUACUAACAGUACUUUUAAACACAGAUUCCUGCAAAUUCCUGUCUUUUCUGACCAUCAUCUGUCUUAGGUCAUUGCAAAAUCAAGCAUGCUGUCGGCUCCACAAGCGCUGCUAAGUGUAGCUGAUGCAUCACGCUGUCACCGUGGAACCACACGCCCGGGAGAAUUGUCUAUACAUGCUCACUGUGAUAAAUAGUCUUGCUCUCGUGGAUUUAUGAAUACACGCUUGACUACUCUCAUCCCAAUUCAGGAAAAAGGGCACAAGUGCGUACCUCAACCACACAUCAACUUCCUCUUUUACCUGCCUCAAGAAUGAUUGACUUCUAAAGGCCCUUGAUUUAUUUAUAUUUCAGCUUGGCAUGCAUUUUCUUCGCUGUAAAAGAAAAGGUGACAAAAAGAAAUGAAUGCAUUGAUGCUGCAUUAGUUCUGGCUGGUUGUUGGACUGCAUGCAACAUACUUCCUGCACAGCGUUUUUCAAUGGGCCUUUAUUGGAUUUAACGGAAAUGUGUUUUGAAUAUGUGGGAACGCUAGUUUUAAACCUCAUAUUGGUUUUAUUGUAUUCAUCCAGCUGCAUAUAAUUUACAAAGCCUUUUUUUUUUUUGGUUGUGUAAAGAUUGCUUAUUUCAUUUUUUGUUACCCCGUUUCACUACCCUCAGUGUUCAUAUUUGAUUUAUGUGUUUCAGUUGUGUAAUAAAUGCAAGAGACAUUUGA